GCAGGUUAGGGGGAGAAUUCCAAAAUGGCGCCCGGCAGCGCCGCGUUAGCAAGGAGUUGUGGGAUUGCACCAAUGUCUCCUGCCGGUGUCUCAGUCCAGGGGAGAGUCCCAACUGGUUCCUGCGUCUCUGGCAGAAGCUUUAACAAAUCAAUGAGAGUUCCUGUUGCUCCACGUCCUCACCAGUAUUAGAUGUCAUAAGUGUUCUGGAUUUUUGCCAUUCUAAUAGGCUGAUUCCUUUGAAGUUUGUAAAGUUAUCCAUCUACAAUCAGGAGAAAAAACAGCUCCACUUGAAGCUUGCCACUGGCCGCUCUUUUUACCUACAGCUGUGCCCCUCUUCAGAUGCAAAAGAAGAUCUGUUUGCACACUGGGAAGACCUGGUGUACCUCCUGAGACCGCCAGUGGAGGCUUAUAGUGGUACCCAGGCUGAACCAGCUGGUGACAUGAUGGACGUACCUGUGUUGGAGGCAGAGGACAAGAAGAGCCCAGCAGCCAUGGAGCUCCAUGGAGGAGGGGGCCAAGAUCAGGUCAGCAUCAGGAGCCUUCCCAUGGUCGCUGAGGUGUCUGGGGCCACCUCUCUUGCUUAUGCUGGUGGGGAAGAAAUCCAACAACGUGCUUCCCACACAUACUGUAUGCUUAGGAACCCACUCUCUUUCCUAAUUACGGCAUCUACAGGGCCUGACCAAGGGGCAGCAGCAGCAACAUCUAAGGACAGCAUGAGUGUGGUUACAGGAGGGGAGAUUACCAGCAGACCUGUUACAGAGACCACUGAAGGUCCAGGAGCGGAACCCUUUGUCUCAGCCUUGGAGAGUAAAGACAACAUGAGUGAACAGGAUGGAGGCCAGAGAGUCUCCCAAACCCAGGCUGAAGCCCUGAGGAAGAGAAGGAAAAAGGCGAGAACUCCCCCUAAAAGGCCUUCCCUGCGUAGUAGGAUGGGAGAGGAUAAGUCAAUCCUAGAAUCCCGUGGAACCACUCAGAGAGAUAAAAAGGAGAAGGACCACAGCGGCCCAGGGGGCCAAGAACACGACUCCUCCCCCAGCCUCAGCUCCACCCGAAAGAUGUCUAGGUUAUCUCAAAAAUUGUGGAGGAGCCGAUCUAAAACUAGGUCAGGUGGGAUGCCGUAAUCCAGAGAUUGGUUCCCUUAUCGCUUCCCUUCUUCUGUAGCUCUUCCUAGUCUGGGAGGGAACACACUUUAGCCAUUCAUGGAGCUCGAGGAUAUCACCUAGAAUGGUUCUCAAAUGUCAAAACAGUCUAACACACCUGUUUCAAAGAUGUGCAAACAUAACUUUCCUGAAGUGGGUCAAUUCAUUCAUUUCUUGAAACAAUUAAAUACCUACUACAUGCCUUGCCCCAUGCUAACCACUGGUAUAUAUAAAGACAAAUCAGGCAGAGGGGAGAGUAUAUGCUCAGAGAUGGGGUAUAGCUUACAUAGAAGCUCAAAGGCAUAAAGACAGCUGGGUGUUUAGGAAACUCACAGCUCAGUGUAGUUGGAGUAGCAGGAGAUGCAGUAGAAAGAUGUGCUCAGGUAGGUCAUGGGACAGGAUCUACAGAGGUAUGUGGGGCAAAGGAGUGACUUGACCACAACUGUGCUUAGAAUGAUCACUGCUCAGGUGAGUGCAGGAAGACUGGAAUCAGAGAAGCCAGUUAAAUGAUGGCCAUGCAGGGGGAGAUGAUAAAAGGCCCGAACAAUGGACAUGAAGAGGGGUCAUGGACAUGAACCCCAUAGAACAUGGUAAGUGAUUAGGUGAGGGAGUGAGUGAUGGGGAGAAUAUGAAAUGACCCCCUAGUUUCCUGCUUGAUGGUCUGGGUGGAUAGUAGUGCUGUUCACAUAAGUGGGAAGAUACAAGAAGAUGAGCAAAUACAGCGUUAAUGAACUCAGUUGGACAGAUCUGACUUGAUCUUUCUAUUUCAAGAUGUUCCAGCUUAAUAGGACAUCUGAUGAUCCAGUAUUUUUUAAGUAGACAUUGAUCUGUGCCUACUGUAUGCCAGAAUCUGUGCUUUCGACAGAGCAGGGUGAGGUAUGCAGCCUUAUAAAUAAAGCCCUCUGGAAGCUCAGAGUCUCUGUAGGGAGAUAAGAUGUAUUAAGGGUGUAAAACUACAGCAUGAGACAGAAUUUGAGCAAUGCCUUCACAGUACCACAUGCUAGAGGAUAAGAGGGAACAUGUU